CUCUCCCCCCCCAUGGCGGCCAAUUGGCACGCGUGUUGGUGGCGCGCGAGCUCGGCUCGGCCAAUGGGAGAGCGCAAUGGGGGCGGGGCCCAGGCCUGGGACAAGCAACAGCGGAGAAGACGACGGUGGACAACGUUGCGAGUGCGCGAGUGCGCCCCCAGCCAUGAGCGGCCACCAGUUGGCCAGUUCCUCAGGGGGUGGAGGGAGCUCUGGGCAGCCCAACCCAAGUGGGCCCGGUGGUACCCCUCCAGGCAAGUGCGACGACCCCACCACGGGCUCUUCCCACGCCGUCAUGGCCGCCUCGGGGCCUUACCGCGACGACAAGAUGGAGGCCGUUGCCGUGCGCCCCUAUCCGCAGAUCCAGCCGUCCCAGCACGCACCACUCUCUUCCCAGAGCGCACCGGGCUCACAGGGUGGGGCGGUGGCGGCCGUGGUGGCGGCCGCGGCGGCGGCCCUCCCGCAGGGCGCGCCACCGCUCGUCGCCCACACGUCCCACGGCGCCCUGCAGCAGCAGCAGAGCAGCUGCAGCAGCAGCAGCCGGUGUCGGCGACCGUGUUGGCCGGCGGCACGACCGGCGCUCCCGCCGGCCACGCGGCCGUGCACAUGGCGCAGCAGCAGCAGCAGCAGCGGCAACACACGGCGUCGCCGGGCCUGGCCGCCGCCAUUGGCCUGCCUCCCGGCGUGCACCUCCCGGCGUUUGGUGGCGGCGGCCACUCGCCCUCGCUGUGCGCCGCGGGGAUGUCGCAGCUGCCCCAGCACCACACGGCGGCUCACGCGGCCCCCCCCGUCCGCCCCGUCUGCGCUCGCCUCGUCGUCGUCGCCGGCGGCGGCGGCGUCCUCGGCGGCGCUCGCGACGCACCUGCCGGGGCACAUCCAAGCCGUCUUCCCCGAGGCCGUCGCCAAGCAGUCGGGGAAGCUGCCCCUUCCAACGCGCCCCAUCGCUCCGGCUCCUGCCAUCCCUCCAGGGCCCCCCGCGCACUCGGCUCCCUCUGUCAAGGGCCCCCCACACGCUGGCGCCGGCCUUGAGACCGGGGGGGUGCCCCCCACCACCACCAUCCCCGUCGCCACCAUCAGCGGGCAGCAGGGUCCGGGUGGCGUACCACACCACCCCAUCGUGGGAGCGGGGGUCCAGGCCGUGCAGAUGUCAAUCAUCCGUAGCACGGUGCAGGGGGCGCCCUCCGUCUUCUCCCAUCUACCCAGGGGGGCCGCGGUGGCUGCUGCCAUCUCCACUCCCAAAGGGGUGACCACAACGGUGCUGCGCAACCCCACGCCACCCAUCAUCCACCCCAUACAGUCCCGCUUGGCGAUGCCAUCAUCAGGCUCCUCUUCCUCCUCCGGUCCGGGCCCGUCCAUCGCCCCGGCUCCCCGUGCUCACUCUCCCUCUGUCUCCACGGCAACCGCAUCCCAUGGCAGCGUGGAGGCGAGCGCCCACGGGCGUGUGGUUCCGGGCGCGCCACUCGGAGGGGUUGGGGCAUCCGCCCGGCAGCACCAGCCCCCCACGGCGGAGCCCCCCCAGAGGUUCCCCCACGGCCCCCACUCCCACCCCACGGUGCAGCACAAGAUCCAGCUGCAGGCGCUGCAGCAGAAAGCCAUCCUGGGCCCUCCCAUCCCCGUCACGGUGGCUCCCAUCCAGAGCAGCGUGGCCACCGCCACUUCGUCCGUCUCCCAGACCGUGCCGACGCACGCGGUGGCGAACGUGCCGGGACACGGCAUCCACCCGCAGGCGGCUCCACCCCCGUCCAUCCCCGUGGCCAAGGUGAUCCCGCAGCAGCAGAUCCCGAAUCGGCACGACUACUCGGCGGAGCGGCCGCCCUCGUUCCUCGCCAUCCCCGGCGCCCACCGCGCCUCCCCGAACCCCAAUGCCGGCGCCGCCACGGCAACCACCGUCACCAUGGAGACACGCACCCCCGACAAUCGCGCUGUGCCCAUCCAGCAGUACUACUAUUACACGUCUCCAUACCCGGCGCUGGCGCCCAGCUACCAGCUCCAGCAACACCACUACACGCCCAUCACCACCGCCGUCACCACCGUACGCCCGCUCACCGCUCAGAGUGCGGCUGCUGCCAUCGCCAGCAUGGGUUCGGCUCCCCCCGUGCGCCUGCCCCCCCACCUGCUCAUGCCCAUGGAGUCUGCCCGCCACUUUGGGGGGCCCCUCCCCCCUGCGCCGACGGGAAUGGGGGGCUCUCAGCCCCCCUCCAGCAGUGCCGAUGGCAAACCUACAGGCGUGGUGGUGGCCGACGGUUCGGGCUCCGUUUUCUCAAGCUCCCAGGCCAGCGGUGGCGCCGCCACUCCGGGCCCUGCAGGCCCUGGGGGCUCCCAGCCUCAGGCCUCGUCCCCCCGGCCCAGCAUCCUACGGCGCAAGCCGCCCAACGAAGGCUCCGGUGUGCGCAAGGCGUUGCUGCCCUCGUCCGUGGAGGCGGCGGUGGUGGCGGCACACAGCCCCCGGGGCAGCGGCUCGCCACGCCCACUGGGGGAGGUGAAGCCCGGCGACGGUGGCCCCACGCUGGACCCGCACCACCAGCACGCGGCGCCGCACGCCGCCCACGACUCCCAGCAGCCUCCCCAGCAGUUACGCCAGAGCUCCCAGCACCACCAGCAGCAGCAGCACCACCAGCAGCAGCAGCAGCAGCACCACGCCCUGCACUCGUCGCAGGGCGCCGCGGCCGGCGGUGGGCCCGGCGGCACCUCCCAGACGGCGCUCGUGGGCGCCGGCUCCACGCUGGCGGUCCCCUGCGGCGGCUCCAACCUUCACCAGCAGCAGCACCAGCAGCAGCACCACCACCAGCAGCAGCACCAGCAGCAGGCGAGCGGCGCGCUGGCGGCCGCUGCUGCGGCGUCGUCCUCUCAGCAGCAGCAGCAGGCGGUGGCGCAGGCGGCCGUGGCCGGGGUGAGCCGCAGCGGCACCGGCUUGGCCGCGGGGCCGGCGGGGGGGGCGGCUGCGGCGCUGGCGCUGGCGCUCGAGGUGAAGAUCAAGCAGGAGCCGGAGCCCAUGGAUGCGUCCUCCAUCACGGCCGUGCAGGCGCUGGUGCAGGUGCGGCAGGGCUCGCAGGCGCAGCCCGGCAGCGGCGCCUCCGACUCGCGGCUGCUGCCGCCGCCGCCUCCGCCGCCUCCGCCGCCUCCGCCUUCGCUGGCGGCCGGCGCCGCCCCUGCCGAGCUUCCGGCCGGAGCGUCGCCGCGCAAGAAGCCGCGCAAGCAGCAGCACGUGGUGUCGGCGACGGAGGAGAGCGAGGUCAUCGACGCCAACUCCACCGACGAGGAGGGCGCGGGGGCGCGGGGCGCCGGGGUGGGGGGUGGUGGGGGGGGCGGUGGGGGUGGGGGCCCUUCCUCCGGUGGGGGGGGGUCGGCCCCCCACUCGGUGAAGAGUGAGAAGAAGAGCCAGCCCAAGGAGUACGUGGAUGAGGAGGGGGUGCGCUAUGUCCCUGUGAGGCCGCGUCCCCCCGUCACGCUGCUGGGGCAGUACCGCAACCCCUGGAAGGCCGCGUACCACCACUUCCAGCGGCACGCCGACGUGCGCGUCAAGGAGGAGAAGAAGCCGAGCCUGCAGGAGCUGUCGAGCCAGGCGGGCGUCACCAACAAGGCUCAGGGCUGGAAGGUUCACCUCUGCGCCACGCAGAUCCUCCAGCUGGUGAAGCUGGAGCACGAGGCGUACGAGCGGAUGCUGGUGCUCCAGGAGGCAACGUCUCCGCAGAAGAAGAAGAAGGGUGGCAGCGGCAGCGACGACGACCUCCACAAGAUCAGCGAGCUCGUCCAGGACAACGUGCAGCGCUGCAAACUGCUCAUGGACCAGAUGACGGAGGCCAAGGACGCCAUGCUGCACCUGCUGGACCACAAGGAGCGCGUGCUCAAACUUCUCAACAAGGGGGGCGGCUCGCCCCCCCCCAUCGCCACCACCGGCGCCGCCACCACCGCCGCCGCCAACAACGCCGCCAACAACGCCGCCAACAACGCCGCCGGCGGUGCCGCCGGCGGUGCCGCAACCAAGCGCGGUGGCACCAAGCGCAAGGAGCGCUCCUGAGCGUCCGCUCACGUGACCCCGCGGUGACCCCGCGGUGACCCCGCGGUGGCACACACCCCACCCUCUAGAGGGUGAUUGUCGCCAGGUCAGGGUUUGAGCAGCGAGGGAGGGGGGGGGGGGCUCUGGCCAGAUUUGUGUGUGGAGAAAAGGGGGGUUAGUUUUGUAAAGGUAUGGCCAGGGAUUGUUGUGUAGAGGGGAUGAGGUUGUUGUGUAUAGGGUGGAGUAAGUGUGUUGUGGCAGGGCAUUGUUGUGUAGAGGGAAGUGUGUUGUGGUCGGGCUCUAUUGUGUCUCUGCGUCUUUGUUCUACACGAAGCAGAGAGCCGAUUCCAGUCGGCGCAGUCUUUAAGCUACACGGUAAGGCAUUGGAGCCUUCUCCAGGAGUUUUGCAGGCUGUUGUAACAAGUUUAGUCGGUAAAUGGCUGGAGGUCACAUGGGAAGACGUGUGGGGGCCACGUGGGCU